UAUGUCUUCCAGAAGAAACCACAGCAGCUGAAAUCAGAGAAGAAUGAGAUUAUUCACAAGGGCCAACUACUCUGCACUGAGCUGGGCCGUUACUGCCAGCAACCUGUAGCUUGUCCAGCUCCUCUUUACCAGCCAAACAAACACAUACCAAGAACCACGUCAUCUGACUGUGACAUCAGUUGGAAGGGGAUGACUGAGCACAUUCAUAACAUCAACGUCCACAACUUCAGCAACUCCGUCCUCAAGACCCUGAAUGAGCAGCGCAACCGCGGGCACUUCUGUGAUGUGACCAUUCGGAUCCAUGGGAGCAUGCUUCGGGCCCACCGCUGCGUGCUGGCCGCCGGGAGCCCCUUCUUCCAGGACAAGCUCCUGCUGGGGUACAGCGACAUCGAGAUCCCCUCCGUGGUCUCGGUGCAGUCCAUCCAGAAGCUGAUCGACUUCAUGUACAGCGGCCUGCUGCGGGUGUCCCAGUCCGAGGCCCUGCAGAUCCUGACCGCCGCCAGCAUCCUGCAGAUCAAGACCGCCAUCGACGAGUGCACGCGCAUCGUCUCCCAGAACGUCGGCUCGCCCAGCGGCCGGGGGUUCCCGCUCAACUCCGGGGAGACGGUGGACCUUAAGGCCCGAGGGACCCCGGAGUCCGAUGGGUCCUGCCCUGGCAGCGACGUGGAGCCCGUCUACAUGCACAUCCACUCCAAACAGGGCCUGGAGCACAAGACCCUCUUCUCCUCCCCCGGGCUCUCCCUGCAGAACGGCUCCCAGGACCGGCCCUACUGCGGAGGCUACAGCCCCACAAUCUCCCUCCAGAAAGAGCAGCACAGGCAGGACCCCGUCCACGAGAGCACCCAGCAGCAGAUGGAGAGGCUCCUCUGCAGCCCCGAGACGACCCACUGCCGAAAGCAGUCCCGGCCCGUGCGCAUCCAGACCGACAGCGUGGACGCCUCACAGGAGGCGGACGAGGACUACGACUGUUUCGGAGAGGAGCAGAUGCAGGGCCUGGAGCACAAGGACGAGGAGGAGCCAGCGGACAUCACCGACCCGGCCGAGAGCGGGGAGAGCGAGCCCAAGGGCGAGAGCUUCGACUCGGGCAUGAGCUCGUCCAUCAGCACCGAGCCAGACUCUGUGGAGCAGCAGUUCGUGGCGGGCUUCGCCCGGGACGGGGGCGUGGACGGCACGCACGCGGAGGUGGAGCUCCUCUGGGAGCACCCAGCGCAAACCGACCUGAAAGACUCUCCGAAGCAGGCCGAGGACGACGAGGACACCGGCGUGCCCCAGGGCAACAUCAACGACAAGAUGGUGCUGCAGCAUCCCAUGAGCCCCGUCAUAUCCAAGCUGAUGGCCAACCCCCAGCAAUACCUGCGGCAGCCCGCCUCUCUCGCCAGCAACCUGCGGAUGCCCCUCACCAUGACCAGCAACACCCAGGUCAUCAGCACCACCGGAAACUCCUACCUGCCCACGCUCUUCGCCACGCAGUCGGCCGGGAGCACCAAGCCGGUGCUCUUCAGCCUGCCGCAGCCGCUGGGGCCCCAGCAAAACCAGUAUGUGACCGUCCCUCCUCCCAGCAUCGCCCCGUACACCACCCAGCUGCUGAGCCAGCAGGCCUCGGCGCAGAAAACAGGCCAGGCCAGCGGGCCCACCACGCAGGCAGAGAAGAGGCCGUAUGAAUGCCCCCUGUGCAGCAAGACCUUUACCGCUAAACAGAACUAUGUCAAGCACAUGUUUGUGCACACUGGUCAGAAGCCGCACCAGUGCAACAUCUGCUGGCGAUCUUUUUCCCUGAAGGAUUACCUAAUAAAACACAUGGUGACGCACACGGGCGUGCGCGCCUACCAGUGCUGCAUCUGCAACAAGCGCUUCACCCAGAAGAGCUCCCUAAACGUGCACAUGCGCCUGCACCACAAGGAGAAGUCCUACGAGUGCUACGUCUGCAAGAAGAAGUUCUCCCACGAGACUCUACUGGGGAGGCACAUGGCCCUGCACAACCUGGAGAGUGGCGGGGGAGGGCCGGGGGGGCCCGUCGCCAUCAAGCCUGGGGGGCCGGUCUCUGUCCCCAUGGCGGUGGGGGCCCCUGAGGCUGUUCCCGGAGACGGGACAGGUGUAGGUGUGGAGAUCGCAGAGGCCCCCAUUCCUGGCUGCUAA